CGGUAUAAAAGGGGCUCGCUUGAUGACUGGAGCAUCACACUUCAUCUACCUCCAUCAUGCUGACUAAGACUGUCGUUGCCCUCGCCCUCGUGGCCGUUGCUGCCUCUGCUCCUUCUCAGCCAGGCUAUGGUUAUGCGCCUCAGCCUACCUACGAGGUCCCUGCCAAGUACGACUUCAACUAUGCAGUGAAGGACGACUACUCUGGCAACGACUUCGGUCACCAGGAGGCCCGUGAUGGCUACGACACUCAAGGUUCCUACUACGCUCUUCUUCCCGACGGUCGCCUGCAGAAGGUCGCUUACACUGUCAAUGGCGACUCUGGUUUCGUGGCUGAGGUCAGCUAUGAGGGUGAGGCCCAGUACCCAGAGUACAAGCCUGCACCUGCCUACAAGCCUGCUCCUUACCACCCUGCACCUGCCUAUAAGCCUGCUCCUUACCAUCCUGCCCCUGCCUACGAGCCUACUCCUACCUACGAGACCACUCCAACCUACGCCUAAUUUAAAACUUCGCUUAUAAAAUAUUUCUGAUGGAUAUUUAUUAAACUGAAAUUCUA